UCUCCUCCUCCUGGGGUAUUUUUUAAAACAAUUUCUGGGGUAUUUUGGAAGGACUUAUUUCGAUCGGGCUUUCCCUAGUCUAGUGUUCCGAAAGGAUUCCAUUUUCGUUCGGAAGGAUCUCUCACUCUCAGGGUCGGGCUUCUCUUCACUGCAACUUUUUCUUGGCAAGCCUUCCUCCUCGCAGGCUCGCCCACACCACACCAUCCACCGGCUCCGCCUCCGCCUUCACCCGCCAUUCCGGAAAGGCGCGGCUGCUGGUCUCUCUAGGGUUCGUCGGCCCGGCGCGGGGGUGCGGCGGGGGACCCGUGCUUCUGCUUCCGCACCGAGAGUAUGGCUGGAAGGCACACCAUUGUUCUCGUGCAACCAUCUCCAAACAAAGCGUCCAGAACUUUUAUGGACUUCAGUUCACUCAACCAAGCACUGGAUGGUAUCUGUGCCCGUUAUGAAAAGAAAAUCAUGGAUAUCAACCCGAUGGCCAGGAACUUCACUUAUGACAUCACCGACCUCUACAAUUUCAUCGAUGGCCUAGCGGACAUCAGCGCGCUAGUGUAUGAUCAUCAACUCCAAGCUUUUUUGCCGUAUGACAGGCAGUGGAUAAAACAGAAGAUGUUCCAGCACCUCAAGAACCAGGCACGGCAGUAGCCAGCCGCUGGUUCUGAUUAACAAAAGCAAGUGUACAAGGUGGUAUGUCUGUUGUCUGUAGUUUCAGAUGGUGUGAGAGACCUAGGGUUCAUGUGCUAAUUGUAAGAGAAGAUGAUCGAUUUGCUUGGCUAUCUGCCAUUUCUGAUGCGACACCGACACACCGUAGUACUCCCUCCGUUCCUAAAUACUUGUCUUUCUAGGCAUUUCAACAAGUGACUACAUACGGAGUAAAAUGAGUGAAUCUAAACUCUAAAAUAUGUCUACAUACAUCCGUAUGUGAUAUUCAUUUGAAAUGUCUAGAAAGACAAGUAUUUAGGAACGGAGGGAGUAUAAAUGAAAGGCUUCUGCCUGUGUGUGUCUGACCAUGAAUGGAUGAGCAAUUACUAUGAUAAUAAAUCGAUCACUUUGUCUUCAAA